AUGUCCUGGCUCCACCUAGCAGUCGCCAGCGGGCUAGCGGCCGCAUUUAACGGACUCUUUGCAAAACUCACAACAACAGCCCUCACCACCAGCCUCUCCGCCUCAAUCGCCCGCUUAUUCUCCCUGCCGGCUGAUUCCAAAGUUAUCGAAUAUGUUAUUCGAGGGGUACCUACUAUCUGCCCAUGCAUGUCCACGGGCAAGGUUAACAUGAGGUUCGGGGGUAGAUGUUUUUCGGGUUAAAUUUAUUAUUCAACGCAAUCGUAUGCUGUAUCGGCUACUGGCUUUCCAACAUGGUGUGGAAAAAUGGACAUUAACGUUCUAACCAUCGCAGAUGUGGGGGCUCUUCACCACAGCGCUGGCAAAAGGACCUACCGCAACGAAAGUUAGUAUAGUCAAUACUUCCGCGAACUUUAUGGUUUGUUCUCCUCACCCUUCCCACCGCUUUCCAAAGCUAACCUUCUUCUCUUGAAUACAGACAACAGCGCUCCUCGGCUGGGCAGUAUUCGCUGAAUCCCUUCCGCCAACAUGGUGGUUAGGCGCAGGCCUACUUGUCGCCGGAAACGUGAUAAUUGGCCGGCGUGAUGAGGAAAGGAAGGACAAUACAUACCAAGCUGUCGCGACUGACGAGGGUGAAUCAAGGAUGACGGGAGAGAGUGCGGAAAGUGAGUCUGAUGAUGAUAAUAAUAAUGAUACAGAGGAGGGAGGGAGGGAGAACUGA